AUGUCCUUCCCCUCCACGGUGGCGUGGCCACCUCCUCCUCCAUCGCAACCACAUCCCGCUUACAACGCCGUACCCGCCCGAACGACACUCGCCAAGCCUACUCCUGUGGCAGCGCCUCCGGCUCCCGAGAAGCCUCGGAAAGUCGAAUGGUCGGAACCUGUCCGGAACUACGUGCGACGCGCCUUUGAGCCCCAGAACGAGAUCAAGGGGAUUUCCACUGAAGAAAUGCAAGUAAAGCUUAAGUCCAUCAUCUCCUAUUACGCCGAACGCCAAAUGCACGACCAGAUCGACUGGUCCACCUAUCCCCUGCCACAACAACUGCUUCUUCAGGAACGCAGAGAAGCCACUGCCGGUCUUGCCAACCCAGUGUACACUUCAGUGAAUGUAUCAAGCUAUCCUACUAACAUGCCAUCCCCCGCCUUGACUCUCCCUUCGUCCAAGCGCAAGUCUCAGGAUGCCGAGGAGCUGGAGACGGCAGCCGCCAAGAUUCCACCCUGGCAAAAGACUAAUCUGCAAGACCGCGUCACGUUUGGGGACGGUCAACAGAGCAAGCGCCAGAAGAAGACCGACAUCACCAAGGAUAUCGUAAGUAAGUUUGACCAGGCUGACCUGGAGAAGCGUAAACAACGCUUCAACACUGGCAAAUCUGGAACCGCCGUCAAUCCGCCCUGGCGACAAUCACGAAAGGACGAAGAUGAGGUGUCCAUGGUCCCCAUUGUUGGCACCAACAUGUCACUCGAAAAGUCGUAUUUCCGUCUCACUGCGCCUCCUAAACCCGAGACGGUUCGUCCACAGCACGUGCUUGAGAAGACCCUGGAUAUGUUGAGGAAAAAGUGGAAGAGCGAAAAGAACUACAACUACAUCUGCAACCAGUUCAAGUCUUUGCGCCAAGAUUUGACGGUUCAGCAUAUCAAAAACUCGUUCACCGUCCGCGUCUACGAGACUCAUGCCCGGAUAGCUCUGGAAAAGGGGGAUUUGGGUGAGUAUAAUCAGUGCCAAACGCAGCUCAAGGGUCUCUAUGCGCAAGGCCUCGGGGGGCAUCCGGGCGAGUUCCUCGCAUACCGUAUUCUUUACUUUGUGUACACGUGCAACAAGACGGACAUGAACGACCUGUUGGCCGAAUUAACCAUUGCAGACAAGUCCAAAGCCGAGGUCAAGCAUGCACUGGACGUGCGCUCGUCGCUGGCGGUGGGCAACUACCACAAGUUCUUCAGGCUCUAUCUUGAUGCGCCUAACAUGGGCGCCUACCUAAUGGACAUGUUCAUCGAGCGUGAGCGUCUCCAUGCUCUCGCUAACAUCUCUAGAGGGUAUAUAAGCGUUCCGCUCCGCUUCGUCACGGAUGAACUUGGCUUCGAGAACGAUAAGGAAUGUGAGCAGUUCCUCCAAGAGCACAGCGCACACCACCUUGUAGAAGAGAAACGGAGCGACCAAACGGUGCAGAUGCGAGUACGCGUAAAAGAGGGCGCUACCCUGUUCGAACAACUUCGUGCUGCUGCGUUCAGCCGAGUAGACAUCAAAGGCCAAAUAUGAGCUGACUGGCAUGUUCUACUACCGUAUUCGGCUCGUUAAUUCUUCUUUGGUCUUCGAAACGGCCCUCCGAUUUUCACC